AUGAACGAGACCAGCUUGGUCGCUGCCAACAUCCUUUACACUGCCACUGCCGUCGAGGAAGUCCAAUGUGCUGUUGAGUCCACUGCUCCAGCACUCCACAUGGAGAAGAAGGACGGCCUCGCACCCACGAAGUCCAAGACCCAUGACCCCAGCAUACUAGGACUCAUGACCGGCACGGUGUCUUCCAUAUUGUGA